ACUGGACAGACAGGUGGAACGUGGGGAAGGGGGCUGCACCCCGAUGGGUGUCCGGUGACAGGGCCCCUCUUCUCCAAGGGCUGGCAGACAGACGGGGGCUCCAACCACCACUUCAGUACUUUUGAACUCCCAACAGGUGGGCACGGCGGCCGGCACCCCCGCGAGGCACCAUGGAUUGGAAGACACUGCAGGCCCUCCUGAGCGGGGUCAACAAGUACUCCACGGCGUUCGGCCGCAUCUGGCUGUCGGUGGUGUUCGUCUUCCGCGUGCUGGUGUACGUGGUGGCCGCUGAGCGCGUGUGGGGGGACGAGCAGAAGGACUUCGACUGCAACACCAAGCAGCCGGGCUGCACCAACGUCUGCUACGACAACUUCUUCCCCAUUUCCAACAUCCGCCUCUGGGCCCUGCAGCUCAUCUUCGUCACGUGCCCCUCGCUGCUGGUCAUCCUGCACGUGGCCUACCGCGAGGAGCGCGAGCGGCGGCACCGCCAGAAGCACGGGGACCAGUGCGCCAAGCUGUACGCCGACGCGGGCAAGAAGCACGGCGGCCUGUGGUGGACCUACUUGUGCAGCCUCGUCUUCAAGCUCGUCAUUGAGUUCCUCUUCCUGUACGUGCUGCACACGCUCUGGCACGGCUUCGGCAUGCCGCGCCUGGUGCAGUGCGCCAACGUGGCACCCUGCCCCAACGUCGUGGACUGCUACAUCGCCCGGCCCACCGAGAAGAAGGUCUUCACCUACUUCAUGGUCGGGGCCUCUGCCGUCUGCAUCGUGCUCACCAUCUGCGAGAUCUGCUACCUCAUUUUCCACAGGGUCCUGCGGGGCAUAACCCAGAACAAGGCCCCGAAAAGCCGCAGCCGGGCCUCCACCUGCCGCUGCCACCACAAGCUGGUGGAGGCUGGGGAGCUGGGCUCCGACUCCGGUGAUGACAAGAGGCACGCGUCAGCACCCACGAUGACCCCCAUCUGA